AUGGGAGCCGGCAAUAUCCAAACUGAUGCUUCAGCGACCCCAUCGGAAGUAGUCGGAGGUUCUUUUCCUGCGUUCGCCAAAGGCAUUCGCACCUAUGCGUCAAGACCGUAUGUAUGUAUUGUUGGUAGCGGUCCUUCAGCAUUCUACACUGCUCAGUAUCUCCUGCGGGUAAAUUUCGUGUCUCCGCGUUACCUCUCGAAGCAUCACAGUUCUCUGCUUGUGGAUAUGUAUGAGAAGCUACCUGCUCCUUUUGGUCUUGUGCGGUAUGGUGUUGCCCCAGACCAUCCUGAGGUCAAGAAUGUGAUUAACACUUUCACUGAAGUCGCAAAGAGCCCACGAUUUAAGUUCAUUGGCAACGUGACUGUCGGGGUCGACGUCCGCUUACGGGAACUCCAAAGAGCCUAUGCUUCUGUCAUCUUAGCUUAUGGUGCUGCAGUCGACCAGCAUUUGAACAUUCCUGGUGAGAGCCUCCCUGGAGUGAUUUCGGCUAAGGAUUUGGUCGCCUGGUAUAACGGUUCUCCAGGUCUUCCCAAAUUCACUCCAGACUUCGAUUGUGACACGGUCGCCGUUGUGGGUAUAGGAAAUGUUGCUAUCGAUGUUGCUCGAAUACUACUAUCCUCUUCUAAUCGGCUCAAGAAUACAGACAUCCCGGAACCUGUGAUUUCAGUGCUGAGCACGAGCAGGGUUCGUCGUGUUAUUCUUAUUGGACGCCGUGGUCCGCUUCAAGCAGCCUUCACUCUCAAGGAGCUACGCGAGCUGUCGCGCUUGAAUAUCAGUGAGAACGGUGAAUCUCCUCAGUUUUUGCCCCUGAACUUCCUCCCUCCCCAAAUAAUGCAAACAACUGUCGGAUCUGAUGAACAGCUCACCAAGUUACUCUCUGAUGCUCCCCGCGAACUAUUAGAAUGUGGUCUGGUUGUCCGGAGUAUUGGAUAUCGUAGUGUACAGAUAGAUCAAGAUCUUCCAUUCGAUCAUGAUCGUGGAGUGAUCAAGUCCAAAGAUACGCAUGGGAGGGUUGCUGAUAGCGAUGAUGGACCAGGUGAUCCUCUGGCCUGCCCUCUGUAUUGUGCUGGAUGGGCGAAACGAGGUGCAGUAGGAGUGAUUGUCGACACCUCCUUAGAUGCUCGUGAUGUCGCAAAAACUGUUCUGCUAGAUUUGGCUUCCGCAGAAUUGAAAGGUGACCCAUGUGUAGUUCAGAAGAAUGGUUUGACACCAGAGCUGUUACAGGCCCGUGGGUUACGGACCAUCUCCUUUUCCGAUUGGGAACGUGUCGAUGCCGUUGAGAAAUUGGCGGGCAGGGCUCUUGGAAAGCCUCGAGAGAAACUAACCUCUGUUGAAGCUCUUCUUGGAGCCGCCUUCGCUGAUGUUGUUCAACACAAACGUAACAACUAACUCUGUCCAGUCCCCAUAAGAUCGAUCUUACCAUUCUUUCUAGCCUUCUACUCCGCAGUCUUUCUCACUAUUUGUACUAAUACUGAGAAAAAG